AUGUCUCCGACGUCCCUUGUUCUCGAACCAAUGGCUGACACUCGUGGCGUCCCAGAUGAGGCCCGUCCGACCUGUAAGCGUUGCGAAAAGGCUGGCUACGCAUGCGCUGGGUAUGAGAGGAAGCUGGAGAUGCGUUUCCACACCUUUGCAGACCAGGCCGAAUCCGCAAUGUCGACACCACCCAAGACGAGCAAAGACCUUCCCCCAACGACGACGCCGGGAGGUGUGCCCGAGAAUCUUGUACUCAGGUCUAACGAGAGUCCGCCGGGCUCCAGCUCCCUGCCUCAGGAGCUGAGCUUCGUGGCAUUCAGAGACAAUAUCCAAUUCUCCUAUCUCUUUGACAAUUUCGUGUGGAGCAGCUAUGGCUCGCCGUGGCUUCAGAUGUCGGCCGAGGGAAAGCUCGACGCGCUGUCGCUGGAGGCGUGUCGGGCGUUUUCCCUCAGCAUCUUCGGGAGGCACCACCGGCAGGCCGAGAUAGAAGUGACCGGCGCCAUACAUUACGACAAGACAGUCCGGGCCCUAUCAACUCGACUGUCGAAUGUGGGGGCGCCGGGUAGUGAGAAUCUGAUCGUACCUAUCAUGAUCCUUCUCAUGCACUCCUCGAGCACCCCGGAUCCACAGGCAUCUGCCUUUCACAUCCAAGGCCUGCUGAAACUCAUUCAGAUAUGCGGGCCGGAGAGAUUCGCGACGGGUCCCUUGAGGUUCGCUUUCGAAUCAUGCCGGGCAACGCUGGUCACCGUCUCCCUGAUCACCAAAACCCGAACCUUCCUGGAACAGCCCGAAUGGCUCAGUGAACCGUGGGCCACGUGCGGCGAGUACAACAAAAACCCGCAGAACCGGCUCGUCGACAUACUGGUGCACAUCCCUGGGUUCCUGCAGGACCAGGCGCAGCUCGAGCAGGCGCCAUCCGAGCAGUUCCGGCUCGAACUCGUGCAGCGCAUCGAGUACCAGAUCGCCAAAGCCCACAACUGGCGGUGGCAGUGGGAAGAAAUGAACCCGACGGUGGCGUGGGAGGUCGACCCGGAGACGCUGCUGCCCGCCGACAAUGGCCUGCUGGCCCUCGAGCCGCGGCCCGUGCGCAAGGUGCUGGUCUUCUCGUCCUUUGCCAAGGCCGCCGAGCUGUCGCUGUACAACGCCGUCCUGCUGUUCCUGCUGGGCCUGCUGUGGACCCUCAAGCCGACGGCUGCGCAGCCGUCCCCACCGUCCGUGCGCGUCGCACCUGCGCCGUCCGCGCUCUUCCUGCCCGGCGACUCCAUCGACUCGCUGGUCGAGCCGGCCGUCGAGAUCUGCCGCGCCUUCGAGUUCCAGCUGCUGGCGGCCAAGACGAGCCGCGACUCGGCGCUGUUCUGGCUGUUCCCGCUGGGGCUGGCGAGCAUGGCACUCGAGGACCACGCGGACUACCUCGCCUGGAUCCGGAACAUGCUCGACGCGUCCCAGGUCACCCGCGGCUACGGCACCGGCGGCAACACCUUCGGCUUCGGCUUCUACCGCCUGCCCAAGAUCCGCCGGAAGCGCUCCGCCGCCAACGACCACCGCCCCUUGAUCCAGCCACAGUACGACUCCGACGCGAUCAGGCAGCUCUCCGAGGGGUCAUCGUCGCCAGACGAAUUGUUAUGA